CUUUUUUCCCAGUUUGGUAUUCAGCCAACAAAUAUACCUGUGUGUCCCAUUUUGAUAUCCAGACGAAAUCUUUUGAGUAUCAUCAAGGGGCAGGUCACCCACGAUGGGCUGGGUGUCAGGCAGCAGCUGGGGUGAGACGUCCUCUCUGACCACAACUAAGCCACAGCGGUGCCUGGGUCACCCCAUCGCUCACCCAGCGCAGCCCUUUUUCGCGUGCUUCGCUCCCUUUGCCUUUUGUUCUCCGCGUGGUCCCACCGUGGCUCCAAGCGAAGGCUCGGCGCUGCAUAGGAGAAGGUGGCUGCCGGUGGCUACUCCUGGCACGUUGUGUGGGGCUGCUCUGCGCCCGAGCCCCCCCACCGCCACCCCCAUGGGGGAUGACAUCGACUGGCUGGACCUGCCGGGCAGGUGGACCUACGGCGUCUGCGGGGACGGACGCGUCUUCUUCAUCAACGAUGAGACAAAGUCCACGAGCUGGGUGCACCCUGGCACAGGCUACUCCAUCCAGAGCGGGCACUUCUCCUGCGCCGGGCUGCCCCGAGGCUGGGAGGUGGACACCACGCUGCACGGGGGCUUCUACUUCAUCAACCACAAUGAAAGGCGGAACACGUUCCUGCACCCAGUGACGGGACAGGUCCCCGAGGACAACUCAAGACUUGACUUGCAAAAACCGACCUUGGACAUGUCAAGCAAAGCGGGUGGCAAGCGACCGGCGACCAUCACCAGCGAGCCCUCCAACCACGCCAUGGUGUCGGAGGUGCCCCCAGAGCGCCCCGGAGGCCGGGCUUCGCGCUCCUCCCGUAAGGGCAUUGCCUUCGGGAAGCGCUCCAAUUCCAUGAAGAGGAACCCCAAUGCCGCCGUGACCAAAAGCGGCUGGCUCUACAAGCAGGCCAGCUCAGGGGUGAAGCAGUGGAACAAGCGCUGGUUCGUGCUGGUGGAUCGCUGCCUCUUCUACUACAAAGACGAGAAGGAGGAGAGCAUCCUGGGCAGCAUCCCCCUCCUCAGCUUCCGCGUGGCGGCCGUGCAGCCCUCCGACAACAUCAGCAGGAAGCACACGUUCAAGGUGACGGUGUGCUGGGUGGAGGAGAUGCCGGCGAGUAACAAGCAGUCCCUGUCUCCCCAGGCCGAGCACGCUGGCAUUCGGACCUACUUCUUCAGCGCUGAGAACACGGAGGAGCAGGAGUCCUGGAUCCAAGCCAUGGGCGAAGCCGCCCGGGUGCAGAUCCCCCCAACCCAGAGGCAUGAGAAGCCAGACUCCGAAAACAUCCCCCCCAGCAAACACCACCAACAUCACUGCAACGCCACUCACCGCGAGCACCCCAGAGCUGACCCCGAUGCCAAGACCCGGGGGGAAGGUGAUGGCCGUGGCUCAGAGAAGAUCGAAAGGAAAUCGGAGAGGAUGGAGAGCAAGAAGGAGCCCUUGGCCAAAGCCAAUGGCAUCGCUGCGCAGGAGAUGCCCUCGGAGCCCAGCAGUCCUUACCCCGAGGCACCCCGGGUACCGGCGAGCGUGGAGCGGCCGCCGCAGCCCAACGGCUGGCCGUACUCAUCGCCCAGCCGCCCCGGCAGCACCGCGUACCCCCCACCCGAUGGGGAGAGCGUGGCCCACCGCCGGGGCUUCGCCCCCCGCACCAACCCCGAGAAGAUCGCCCAGCGCAAGAGCUCGAUGACGCAGCUGCAGCAGUGGGUGAACUCGCGCCGGGGGGCCGUGCCCCCCGAGGAGCUGCGCAGCCCCACCAGGUUUUACCCCGUGUCUCGCCGGGUGCCCGACUACUAUUCCCCCUACUCGCCGCAGUACCCCGAGGAUUACCAGUACUACCCACCGGGGGUGCGCCCCGACAGCAUCUGCUCCAUGCCCGCCUACGAGCGGGUGAGCCCACCCUGGGCGCUGGAGGACAAGCGGCACUCUUUCCGCAACGGGGGCACCUACCAGCUCCGCGACUGGAAGGAGCACCCCGGUUUUGGCCGGCAAGAUGUCCCGCUCUGGCUGCCUGGUCCCGGGAGGCAGCCGACCUACUUAGACGAGGUGGAUGCAGCCUCAGGCUCUCUGCGACGGAUGUCGCUGCAGCCCCGCUCCCGCUCCGUGCCCCGCUCGCCCAGCCAGGGCUCCUACAGCCGGGCACGGGUAUACUCCCCGGUCCGCUCGCCCAGCGCCCGCUUCGAGCGGCUGCCGCCCCGGGGAGAAGAGAUUUACGCCGACCCUACCACCUUCAUGAUGAGGCGGUCCAUCAGUUCUCCAAAGUACGACUAUCUGGGUGAUAGACGGCCCAUGCCUGCGGGAAUGUAUCCGUACCACUACCCGGCAUCCCCCACUGUCCAUGACAAAAUGAUGAGCGAGAGCGAAACCCUGAUCAGUAUGGUGAACAGGAUGGUGGAGACCUCCUCCCCUAGGGCUCAGCUCUACAUGCAAGUGACACCCUUCCCGGAGGCCUACAGGGAGACGCUGCACGCCUACAAGAUAAGCGAGCAAGACACCGAUAAGCUGCUUGGGAAGCUCUGUGAGCAGAACAAAGUGCUGCGGGAGCAGGAGAGGCUGGUGCAGCAGCUCCGAGCGGAGAAGGAGAGCCUGGAGAGCGCGCUGAUGGGGACGCACCAGGAGCUGGAGAUGUUCGGAAGCCAGCCUGCGUACCCGGAGAAGCUGCUGCACAAGAAGGAAUCACUCCAAAACCAGCUCAUCAAUAUCCGCGUGGAGCUGUCACAGGCCAGCACGGCCUUGGCAAAUAGCACUGCCGAGUACGAGACCCUGGAGAGCGAGGUGUCCGCCCUGCACGACGAUCUCUGGGAGCAGCUGAACCUGGAUAUCCAGAACGAAAUGCUCAACCGCCAGAUCCAGAAGGAGAUCUGGCGGAUCCAGGACGUGAUGGAGGGGCUGAGGAAGAACAACCCGUCCCGUGGCACGGACACUGCCAAGCACAGAGUGGCCAUUGGCCCGUCGGGGACGUACAGCUCCAACAGCCCCGCCAGCCCCCUGAGCUCGGCCAGCCUCACCAGCCCCCUCAGCCCCUUCUCCCUCGUCUCCGGCUCCCAGGGCUCCCCCACCAAGCCGGGACCCAGCGAGCCCAAGCCGAGCUUCGAGCAGAGCAAAAAAGAGGUGCAGCGACCGGCCGCCCCCGGGCCCCCAGCUGAGGGGCUCCUGCAGAGCCGGCAGGAGCCAGAGGCAGAAAAGCAAGCAGCUCUCAACAAGGUGGGCAUCGUCCCCCCCAGGACCAAGUCUCCGGCGGAGGAGGAGGUGGUGCCCACGGUCGGCGUGCCAAGGAGGAGCGCCGGCGGCAUGGCCAACGGGCUCAGCUCCCGGGAGAGACCAAAGAGUGCCGUGUUCGCCAAUGAGACGAAGGUGAAGAUGAGUGUGGAGGAGCAGAUCGACCGCAUGAAGCGCCACCAGAGUGGCUCGAUGAAGGAGAAGCGGCGCAGCCUGCAGCUCCCCAGCAGCCAGCAGCCCGACACCCCCGGCACGAAGGCACCCACCUCCUACAAGGUGGUGCGCCGGCACCGCAGCAUCCAUGAGGUGGACAUCUCCGACCUGGAGGCAGCGCUGCGCUCCGAUGACCCCGGCAAGGUCUACGAGACGCCCCAGGAGGAGAUUGCCCGGCUGCGCAAGAUGGAGCUGGAGCCGCAGCACUACGACGUGGACAUCAACAAGGAGCUCUCCACGCCGGACAAAGUCCUCAUCCCUGAGCGGUAUAUCGAACUGGAGCCCGAUACGCCACUCAGCCCCGAGGAGAUGAAGGAGAAGCAGAAGAAGGUGGAAAGGAUCAAAACCCUCAUUGCCAAAUCCAGCCUGCAGAAUGUCAUCCCCCUGGGCGAGGGGGAGGUGGAUAACCCCCAGGACCCUGAGACCCAGCUUCAGGAGCAGGAGAAGAGGAUAGAGAUCUCGUGUGCGCUGGCUGCCGAGGCCUCCCGCCGGGGCCGCAUGCUCUCGGCUCAAGCCUUGGCUGCUGCCGGCAACAUCAAGUUCCACGGGGCCACGUUUUAGCGCCCUGACACGACACUGAACCUCUCGCCAUCGUUUUUGGUUCUCCUGGACCCCCUUCCCUCCCACCGACGGCGAGACCACCCGGCACGGCCGAGCAGGGAGAUGCGUCGCCGACACCACCAGCUGCUCUGCCCCGUCCCGGAGGAGACGUGUGGGUGCUGGGAGGUUGUCCGCUGGAGCGUGGUCCCCCAAGGAGCCCCCCAGGCUGCCAGCUGGCACGGGGACAGAUUCGUGGUGUCCUGGGUGUCAGGCUUAUGUGGACGGCCGGGCAGGGGCAUCUGCAGCAGCAGCCGCCGGCACAGCAGCCGUCUCCCUACCGGGACAACCCUGGAGGAGCGUAGGACUCCCUGGGCUCCCCAUGCUGAUGCGUUGGUCUCCCAAAGGUCUGCGAAGGGGCUCUUCUGGGUGGAGACUGGCCAGUACCCACCUUGGAUGGUGCUUCCACCUUACACUGGACCUGGAUGCUCCAUCUCUGCUCCUCGGGUACCUCUUCCCCCUCCCUGUGCCCUGAAGCUGCUUUUAGCAUCCAUCUGACUGGGGGUGGUCUCUGGCAGAGCCUGGCCUGUCUCAUCGCUGCUGGCGCUGGUGGCUCAGCAGGAGGAAGAAGGAGUUUUGUUGGGGACAGGAUGGAUGGAGGUGGGACUGGGGGGGGGGAUGACACAGCGGUGCCCAGAGGAGUGCUGUGCUGGGGGGUCAGGGUGGUACAAGGGCUGCCUGGGACACCGGUGCACCGCUGGCACGGAGCAGGAGGUCUGGGAGAGGAUGGGGACGUUGGACGGGAGCAGAGGAGCGGUGCAGGGAGCUGGGGUUCGAGGUGGGAUGGCGAAGCUGCGGGCUUGGCCGGGAUCCCUCUGUGGUGGAUGGGGACGGUGACGAGAAGGGGAAGGGGCUUGAGGCCAGGCGAUGGCACCGGGGCUCGUCCUCAGCACGGGGAGCAGCACCCCGGCUGUCCCCCAUCCCACCGUCGGCUCUUGUCUCAGCCCCUCUGAAAAUCUGGCACCGCAUCUCGCCCCAAGACCUUACCAUUGCACUCCAGACCCUUCGGUUUGUUUGGUUUUCCUGUAGCAAGUUUACCCUUUUCUUUAGCUUUCUGGAGGGAGAAAAAAAAAAGCUGGUUCUGCCUGGAAAAGCGGAAUCCCACACGAGGUUGUGCGGUUGGCAGGGCUGCCCCGACAGGGCUGGGACAGGCAAGGCGGAUGGAGUGAGGAGCUAGGUACCGUCCAUCCUGCAGCUAUUUCCCUACUGGCCUGAU